CUGUACUGGCACGGUGGUUCAUGAGCAUAUUUUAUUGAACUACAAAAUUGUAAACGUUCUCAAGAAACUCCGCCAGCAUUGCGGAGUCCCAGUUUCUUGCGGUCUGGAACAAAACUCAACAUCCAGAUAUCUAGUUCAAGUCAUGGCGAAGUGGGGCGAAGGAGAUCCGCGUUGGAUCGUGGAAGCUAGACCUGACGGAACGAACGUGAACAACUGGCACUGGACGGAGAAAAAUGCAUCACACUGGUCGAAUGAUCGCCUAAAACAACUGCUUGUGGGUCUAACUUUUGACAUAGAUUUGGCUAAUGUGAGAACUACGGAACUAAGCAAAUGUGAUGGGGAGGCUACAGUGAAUAACCGGAAAGCCAAGUUGAUUUUCUUCUAUGAAUGGGAUGUAUCGGUGAAGUGGACAGGCCGACACAAAGACUCCGAUGAGGAUAUCACUGGCUCUAUCCAGGUGCCGAACUUGAGCGAUGAGAACGAUGCGGACGACUUGGAUAUCACUGUAUCGUGUAAGAGCAAUAGCAAGGAGAGCAGUGAGGUGAGGCAGAUGAUGCAGCGCAUGGCCAUCCCGAAAGUGCGCAACCAGCUAGCCAGCUAUGUCCGCGAGCUUAAAGAAGAAUAUGGAAAGGAUAUGAUUCUGCCCACGAACAAGGGCUCAUCUUCUCCUGCUGCUAAGCCCUCUGCCGCACCGUCACCUGCUGCUCCAGCUGCAAAGUCGGUGCCUGGAGCUGCGCCAGCUAGCAGUGGAGCUUCCUCAUCAGCAUCAUCUGUAUCCACAUCUCGAGUUCAGGAGAAAUGUGAAUUCCAAGCUGCCCCGGAGGAUGUCUUCAACGUCUUUGUUGACAAAGAACGUACUCAAGCCUUCACCCGAGGAUCAGCCCAGCUAGAGCCGACCCCGGGUGGAAAAUUCACUCUUCUCGGUGGAAACGUUGAGGGCAACUUUGUUGAAUUGGUCCGUAACGAGAAGAUCGUUCAGAAAUGGAGAAUGAACACGUGGCCUUCAGGUCAUUACUCAACUGUUACUUUGCUGUUCACCAGUUCUCCUAACGGAUGCCUACUCAAACUCAAGCAGGACAACGUUCCGACUAGCAGCUUGGAAUCGACCAAGGAGGGCUGGCAUCGCUACUACUUUGAGUCCAUCAAGAUGACAUUCGGCUUCGGUGCCGCCCUUAUGUAAACAUGGACACGCUCAUUCCAACAUGCAUCUCUUGACACGUAUGACUAUGAGAAUCUCCUAUUUUUUGACUAGAGUUUUUUUUAUUACCUUGUGUUCUGCGCAUACGACUGCCUCUGCUAUUUUGUGCUGCCAUGUUCGCAUCGGACCCAGCUACCUAACUUAUGAAAUGAAAAAAAUUAACAUUGCCGGCCUGUGCAUACACCAUUCGGAAACGUAUUUUGUUCACUGUCAACCGAAGCAAAGAAACAAUUGCUUUCUCACUGCUCGAUCUGCAUCUUGUGCUGCCUGUUCGUUAUUAUUCUGGUUUGUCGUCUUUGCCGCCGUUGCUGCUGCUGUGGCUCUGUUGCCGCCAUCGCUGCCACAUGCCACUGGACUAUUCUUGCUCUCUGGUCUCCGCCCGCCAUUGCGUAAGAGUGCUGACGUAUUCUCAGCUUUGAAGUCAUGUGGAAAGGACAACCUAGUCGCCACGCUUCUACUGUUGGUCAUGGCCGAGUUGUUGUUCUGCGACAUUGUGACAGCAAUGAUAGUAUCACUGUUCUGGCAUUCAAGCUGAGCUGGUGCCGCAAUGUCUUGGAAACUUCCCAGUGAGAAUGCUACACUGCAUUCUGCCAAUAGUCCAUGUUUUCUCUACCUCGUGGUUCUGAACUCUUGAUGGUAAUGGUUUCAUUUGGAAA